UUCUCAAGCGUGAACAAGAUCUGCGUUAUUUUUAUACAUUCACAUGGAAUUCCGGGAAUCAAAAUUUCCAGUUAAAUUUGGGAUUGUCUCGUGGAUUUUAGUCAGGACAUUCUCCAGCAUUCCAGAAUACACUGAACUCUACAUGCUACAUAAUGUUGAGCUGUACAUGCCUUUGUACUAGAUAGUCUACAGGGCAAUACAAGUACAUACAGAGUCCGGCUGUUCGAAAGAUUACCAUAUUGUGAGCAUGUCCACACAGUGAAUGUAGUCACAUACAGGAUAUGAACGAAUGCGAGAGGAAAGCUUUACAAAACUGUCAUUGUGAUCUAGUCGAGAUAAUUGAACCUCUUGAACUUAGAUCUUUCCUGUAUUCGAAAGGUGUUCUCCCAAAUCCGACUUUUCUUGGUGAUGAUCGUGUAAGAACAUUACGUGCGGAAAAGUUUCUGGAAUAUGUAACUGAACAUUGUUCCUUUUCUUUGUUUCUUGAAUCUUUGUUAAAGGACGACGCAUAUGAUUUUCUCGCAGAGAAACUACAGGGUGAGUUAGACAAAACAUCCAAAGUGGAAUCAACAGGUCAGUGUGUUCAUUACGAAAUAAAAGAGGCAUUAUUCACACCAGAACGUGCCAGAGCGAUACUAUUCCGACAUGAACUCAAGCGUUACUCCAUGACUGGGGAUGCGGAGAUGUUCCUUAAACGGAGUAAGUCUGUUACAGAUCAAUGGAAUGCUAUCCCCAAAACACAAAUAUUUCUCGACAAUAACAAAGAACUUGCAGAUAUGUACUUCAUGGUUCUGGACGCAACCAUGGAAAGAAGACGAGUAUUGUACGACAAGACUCUUUAUAAAGAUGAUGAAUUGUUCGACACAAUGCAGAAGAUGUCCCUGUAUACCUCAUCCGCUACACUGCCUGUAGCUAUGUAUCUCGCACGUUAUGGUUCAGCCCUGCUAAUGAUAGGGAGGCCGGUGGAAGAGGCACUCAGUUAUGUGGAACAAGCGAAACAACGACUUCAAACACUUCCUGCAUGUAGAGAAUCUGGAGUCGUUAUGUAUAUUGAAUAUAAUAUGUUGAUUUCCGAGAAAUACGAGAAAAAUCCUUCGCUUGAAAUGAAGAAUCGACUGUUAGAAAUAGGACGGGCGUCAAUAAACCACUUUUGUCGAGAGCAAGAAACGGUUGGAAAGGAUUUCCGUAGAAUGGUGUUAAUAAAACAAGCACUUCUACUUCUAGGGAUAGGGCUUUUCCUUAACAACGUAGACAGUGUUGUUGUGACAGAAGAUGACAGGAAAAAAGCUGAAACGAUUUUAAAAGAAAUUCGAAAGGAAGAGAAUUGGCAAAGAAUGGAAAAUCGUUGGCACGUGGCGUAUUAUGUUGCAAGCAGCAAACUACUUCGUCUCCGAGGACAAAGUGAGGAAGCCUUGGCCGACAUGCAAAAAGCUGAGAAACAUGCACAAGAAGGAAGCUUUAAAAAGGAGCUUGGUAAUAUAAAGAAAUCCGUACGUUUUCUGGGAGGAAGACGGGGAUGGAGCUCUGUGUAUAUAUCACUUCUCCUGGCUUUGGUUAGUCUACUACUCGCAGUGGUGAUGCUGCUCAUGUUUCACGGACCAUGAGGCAAUCUACAACAGCUUGUGGGGUUAGAAUUAAAGUGUCGGUGCACCUGUGGAUUUGAUUCUUUGUGUUAGAGCCCAAAAGGAUGUUGUGGUGAGGG